GAAGAUACCAUGAUUUUAUGUGAAAAUAUGCAAUGGCGGCUGUUGUCAGGAACGCUGUGUCUUUGGCGGCCGGUAGUUGACGAUACGAGACAAAUAUUCGAGUGCAAACAAUAACAAUUGAUCUUUUGGAGUCUAUCCGUCCAGCAUGGACAUCACUAGAGGCAGUCUAGAUGAUAUCACCAGGCCUGCUAGAAACUCUAGAUACAGACCAGGUAGCAGGGUAUCGCUCAACAGCCCAGUUAAUAGGUCUCUCAGUGUUGCCAGUAGUUCACUGGAGUUACUGCCACCUGAUCCUGACAUACUGCUGCAAGAAGAUAAUGAUCUGGCUGUGGUUGAGUUCCUCAACUCUUCUGAAGAUGAAGAAGUAGGAAAUGGGGAGGAGGAGGAUAUCAAUGACUUUGGUAGAAGUGGAGGAGUGUUUAAUGCUUGCAGGGUCCAGGACAGACUGCAUAAUCUGGACCUCCUCCUCCUUGCCAAAGGUGACAAUGAAAGCAUGGAUGGUAGUCUCCCUGACACCGAUGAUCCAAGCAACCUGAGAGAGUUAACUCAUCUCAACCGAACUGAUGAGGACAGAUCCGGUAGGAGCUCGUCCAGGGGACGCAGAAGUGAGAACCGGGAGAGUAGGCAAGAUGUGGAGGAAGAGGAGGAAGAGGAAGAUCCGGAUGCAGACCUAGCAGCCAUCACGGAUCCGGAGCUGAAGAAGGCCAUCAAGAAGAUGCGCAAGCUGGAUCGCAUCCUGAACACAAGGGUAACGAGGGAGAAGGAGGUGAAACGGCAGAGGAAGAUGCUCCAUUAUCAGCUGGAGGUGGAGCUAGAGGCUAUCAAGGAGGAGGGAGGAGGAAAGUCUAAAGAGGCUUCAGAGAACACCACUCGAUUCCUGGCAUUGGUACCACCUGUCAGUCAUGAUGAAGGAGUGAACAUGGAAGACAUUCCUUCAACUCCUGUGUUUGCUACGCAGCCACCAGAGGGCAGCAGUCCAUCUCAUAAAACUUCAUCAUCGAGUGAACAUUCCAGUCCUGGGAGGACAGUAGGUCAGAGUAGAAGAGCUUCUAAGACAUCCCCAAGGGAUCACCUUAGAAGACCUAGACCACCAGGGGCAAGCAACCAGGGUAGGAAAGAAGAUGAACCAGAUUUCAUUCACAGAAAUAUUCAGUUGGCAUCGGAUGCGGGUAAUCUGAUCGCCAUGACAGACGAUGAAAAAAAGAGGCUUGAAGAUAUGCUCUCAGAGGUUGUUGUUCUUGCAGGUGAACCAGAUGAGGGUUCUUCUGGGAACAGUCUUCAGUUGAAACACAUCCCUGGGUCUGGCUACACACCGGAUGCUGACAGUCAGAUGCUUUUACAAGACAUUGAUGAGAAACUAAAGAACCUUCUCCCAUCUGACGAUUUCAUGGACAUCUGUAGCACCCCCUCUAUGCUUGGAGACAGACGUGAGUCAUUCAACCCAGCAGCAUUUGACCUUGGCGAGCGCAUCCUCAAGGACACCAAGAUAGAGCAAAGUCAGCAGCAGAGACUCAAAAACAUAGAGCAGGAACUUGUCAGCCUUCAAAAUCAAGUUGAUAAUGAGAUAUCAUCACCAUCAUUAUCAAAGGCUCAGCUGAACUCCCUUCUGCAACGCUGCUCUGAUGCCAGUGACAGAACCCUGACGGAAAUCACUUCGCCCCGACUCCAACAAACCCCCUCAACGCUACAAUCCAACCAGUCGUCUCCGAGAGCGAGCAGUCAGCAAGCGUCCCCUCGAUUGCCUGGGCAGGGGGGCAGCCAGAUGUCGUCGGGGGCACCCCCUGGUGGGAAACUCUCCAAUGAUGCCCUGCAACAGCUUCUCUCAGAGGCCAAAGCCAGCCUUGGGCUACUUGCAAUAGAAAAUGCUGAUAGCAGUCGUGCCAGUAGCAGGACCACAACCACUAUGAUGACGGGGAGGGACUCGGCAUCGCAACUUGCAUUUUCUAUGGAUGACUCACCCAGAUCUGAAAUGAGUAUGAAUACAUCGAGAACACUUGUUUCUCAUGAUGUAAUCCAGCAGCUCCUGAAGAACCCCCGUGCCACCUUACUGCAAUCCAGUCGCUUGCAAAACAUGGAGAACGAUGAGGAGAGAGAGAUUGAUGACGACGAUGAGAGAGAGUUCGAUGAUGAUGAACUAAACGCUUCAUUGGACAUAUAGCUAGUGCAGUGAGACCUAUACAUAAAGACUGCUCAAGGGAGAA